CCACCUUUCCUAUAUGUCAGUUCGUCAAAUGUCAGCGCUGCUACAGCUGCCCGUCAACUGUAAGUGUUGUUAUUGUGAAGUGGAAACGUAUCGGUGCAACAACGGUAUAUAUAUACAUAUGUUGUUUAAUUUUUUUCUUCACUUUUGCUAAAAACGCUCGGGCCCGCAUGCCGCCUGUUGCCGAACCCUGGACAAGAGCGACAUACCAUCGAAAACGUACAGAAGAGGGGAGUGUCCCCGUUCCAGCCCUGCACUCUCUUUGCUGUCGUCAUGAACUGCACCUUCUUUUUUUCUAGCAGCGCGCGCAGUGUUGUUCCUGUCCUGCCUGGCUGUUGCUCAGCAACACGAAGGCGUGUCCACCAGCGAUGAUUUAAGCGGUAGGAAACCCUUGCCCGCUGUCACUUUGUCAGUUCAGUCUGUUCUCUAGUCCAUGCAUGGAAGUGGAAUUGCUAAGGAGACGAGGGAAUCCCCCUAUAGUGUCGCCUCACUCCUGAUGAAUUUGCAUCAACGUUAUUACCAAGCUUGUUUUUUAUCGGUCUCAGUCUGCCUGUUCCAUUCGCUGCGUCCACAAGCAUGGCUUGGAGUGAAGUAUAGCGCCACAUCAUCUCGGACUGUCAACCCGUGAAGAAUACACAACUGAUGCUGUACAGCAAACGGUGUAUUUACCAGAAGAAAUUCAUCAGAGGAACCAGGCAACCCACCAAGUGACUUCGACAAUAUGGCAUUGAGCGGGACGCUUUUGCCAUCCAUAUCCACAUUUGCAAGCGGCCCGAAUGUCAAGAAUAAAUCCAUGGGACAUGCGAAUUUAAGAUGGAAGGAGGAUAUCUCCACUGGCAUGACCAAGAAAGAGCCUGAAGAUCUGGACCUGCUAGACUAUGACUUUAUCCUGUCCAACACUAUGCUACAACAGCAGGCUGAGGCCAUGGCAGCAAGCGGGUCCCAGAACCUGUCCCCUUCCCCGGGCUCCUACUCCUCCUACCAGCUCCCCUCUCCCCAGGACUCUGCCCACAGUGACAUGCUGUACACCAUCCCUGACAUCAGCGACGUGUCCCCCUCUGGGGGGUUCGUGGCCGAACUGAUGAGGCCUGAAUUGGACCCAGCAUACCUCCACCCCACCAGCCUCCAUGGCAAGUUUGUGGUGAAGACCACCAUGGAUAUGGCAGAAUACGGCCAAAGCAUUAAUGUGAUUAGUAAGGCCGGUGUUGGUGUCAGUGCUGCCACGGACCCCUCCUCCUUGCCUUUUGUUUGUCAUAUGAUAAAGCAGGAGAACCCCAGCAUGUGCAACAUCACCCAACCCAUGGAUCUCCACCUUGGGGGGGUGAACUCACACUCCCAGCCCAGAACUGGACAGAGGCCUCACCUCGACCCCCACGGUUUCUCCCCAGGGGGGUGUCCCAUGACAGCCAGCAGGUCAGCUUCAUCUCUGUCUCCAGACCACCACCCUUCCAGCCAGGUGUUAUCCCACCCCCAGAUCCCUCUACCUGGCCAGGGCUACCACCACAGCUCUCCGACAAGCUAUUCGCCCUUCCCUCAACAGCCUGGGUCUCUACGGUACCAAGAGCUUAUGACCCCGGGCGGAGACUGUCUACCGGAGGAGCCCAAACCCAAACGCGGCCGGCGCUCCUGGCCCAGGAAGAGAAUCGCAACACACACGUGUGACUACGCCGGCUGUGGGAAAACGUACACCAAGAGCUCCCACCUCAAAGCACAUCACCGAACGCACACAGGAGAGAAGCCUUAUUGCUGUGACUGGGAGGGCUGCGGCUGGAAGUUUGCCCGUUCAGACGAGCUCACACGGCACUACAGGAAACACACGGGGCAUCGCCCCUUCCAGUGUGCCAAGUGUGACAGGGCCUUCUCAAGGUCUGACCACUUGGCUCUACACAUGAAGAGACACCUAUGAGACACUCACUGGACACCGUGGACCAAUACUAAAAUACUAUAAAUAUUAUUAAACAGCGACCUGAACUUGUGACUUACAAAUAAACAUUGCCUUCUAGCCAUCCAUUGUCAAAGCACCAAUACAAGCUAUGUGUUUCCUGGUAGUGUUACACUCUCAAGGGUCCAACCCUAUGACUAAAAGACUGUUCUUUGUCCAUCUAUGGGCUUGUGAUCUGACAAGACCCCUCAGAACAACCUCUUUUGUGGGACAAAACUGGAAUUUCUCAUCUAUUUAUCGACAAAACCUGGAGGACUAGGUGCCAACGUAUGACUGGAAAUGUAUUAGCAGAGAGUUACAGGGACAGCCCUAGCCACUAAGCGACCACCGUUUUUCUUUUAUUGUCUGAAGAUUAUGAUACAUUUUCCUAAAAUGUAAAUUGCCUUUCACAUACUAAUGGGGGAGGAAUCAGAAAGAUCACAUACUAAUGGGGGAGGAAUCAGAAAGCUCACAUACUAAUGGGGGAGGAAUCAGAAAGAUCACAUACUAACGGGGGAGGAAUCAGAAAGAUCACAUACUAACGGGGGAGGAAUCAGAAAGAUCACAUACUAACGGGGGAGGAAUCAGAAAGAUCACAUACUAAUGGGGGAGGAAUCAGAAAGAUCACAUACUAAUGGGGGAGGAAUCAGAAAGAUCACAUACUAACGGGGGAGGAAUCAGAAAGAUCACAUACUAAUGGGGGAGGAAUCAGAAAGAUCACAUACUAAUGGGGAGGAAUCAGAAAGAUCACAUACUAAUGGGGGAGGAAUCAGAAAGAUCACAUACUAAUGGGGGAGGAAUCAGAAAGAUCACUACUGGAAUUAUUUGCAUUAUAAGUCAACUUUCUCAGAGCAAGCUCAACUUGCCCGACUGCUAUAAAUGCCAUACAUUAUCUGUCUUUCAGUAAAAUAAUGGGGAGGAACCAGAAAGAUCAGUUUCAGGCUACUGGAAGUCUUAGCAGUUUGGUUGUUUUCACUGCAAUAAUGGGUCAAACUCAGAGCAGGCUCAACUUGCGCGACUGUUCAGUUCACUUGACCCUGGCCCUUAAUGUCAUUCCCCGUAUCGGUUAUCAGGGAAACAAGAACCUCGGACAGAACACAGACGGAACACAUCCUAGAGGCCUUCUCCAUUCAAUCAGAAACAGUCCAUUUUGUCUUUGUGAAGUUCAUACUGUUCAACAUACUGUAUUAGACAUUUAUAUUUAUAAUACUCUAUUCUUCCAAGCCAUUGCCUUCAGGUACACUUUAAAUGUAUAUGUUACAGGAUGGUGCUCCAAGACUUUACUAUGUUAAAAGGUACCAAAGAAUUUGAAAAAGAAAACCGAUGAGAGUAUAAAAGUGUGGUGGUCUUGUCUGUGAGUUUCCUGGAGAUCUCUUUUCUUCCACAAUUUGACUUUAAUCAGGUGAAUUACUUUGCUCCUCAUUGGUGAUGGCAAUCUCUCAACGCGCUGUGGUCGCAAAGUGCAAUAAUGUUAUAUGAGACAUUCAUAUUAUUUUUUUAAAGAAAUGAGUAACUCUGAACAAAGUUUUUUUUGUUUAUAGACAAAAUAUGUUAUAUAAUCUUGAAUGUUGUACAUUUGUAAAUAAAAUGCUUUUAAAUGUUUUGUAUUGUCUUUUACAACAUAAAGAAUAAAAUAUAUUUGAAAUGAA